AUGAGAACUGGCCUCUUUGACUACAUCUGGAUCCAGUUCUACAACAACCCUCCUUGCGAAUACACAGAUGAUGGAGAUACUCAUAAACUUAUCAAUUCAUGGAACCAGUGGACCACCACAUACACCGCCACCAAGUUCUAUGUCGGCCUCCCGGCGUCUCCCGCUGCAAAUGGUAGUGCCGGUGGUUAUGUGCCGAUCGAUGUGCUCAACAAGGAGAUUCUUCCGCAGGUAGAAACCUCUCCCAAGUUUGGUGGGGUUAUGUUAUGGAGCAGGUACUACGAUUAUCUAUCCGGGUACAGUGGUAAAAUCAACUGUACUGCCCCUGCAGCUCUUAAGAUUGUCCGUGCGCCGUUGGUUGCCAUGAUGAAAUCUGCCUCCGACGUUCUGUAUCGCGUUUUAUCUUAG